CAAGUCCAAAGUUCUACACACAGCCUGAAACGAGGUCGGGCGGCAUAUUUUUGGGAGCAAUUUCAUGACAACCAAAAAGUUGAUGUGCUUCCUUUCAGGUACAAACAAGAAUGUCUUGGACUCCUCUAGGUUCACUUCUUCUGCUGGCUUGUGCCUGGUCUCCAAUUGCCAGCCAAAACAGUUGCAAGGGAAGAUGUGGUAACGAGUACUACCGAGGUUACCUGUGCCAAUGUGACUAUAGCUGCUUGGGCUACGGCGAAUGCUGUGGUGAUUUUGAAUCUCAGUGCACCACAAAAAACUCCUGUAGAGGUCGAUGUGGGGAAUCAUUCAAGAGAGGCCGACUGUGUAGCUGUGACUCGGAUUGCGUUAAAUUCAAGCAGUGUUGUCCGGAUCACGAGCUCCACUGUGAUGCACAAGAAGAAAACAAGGGAGAAUCCAAUGCAUCAUCACCAGGGACGAGUAAUUCAUGUGAUAAUGUAGAUGAGAAAACCCCAAAAGAGGAAACCUCAAAUGAAGCAGAACAGCCGCUUUCGGCACUUGGUGAGGAAAACGAUGAAGAUAAUAAUGACGUUCCGCUAGUGAGUCCAAUAUCGUUUCCAAAAGAUGAGUCCAGUGAGGGAAUGUACACCGAGAACAUUCCCAGCGAUGACGAGUCCUACACCCCAGAUCCAGACCAAAGUCAGACACCCGAGAGCUGGUACGGCUCAUCUGCUGGGCCACUGGAUGUGGUCUCCACUCAAGCCACCUUGAUUGAAGACACGCCACAGGCGAGCACAGAGACAGUUCAAUUGGCGACAACAGCUUCAGAAGAUGAGGUCAAGCCAACCGUGCUGGUUGAUGGAGUCACCUCCACUGAGAGUGCAGAUAGCGAUCCUACCACUUUACCAGGAACAACAACUCCACAAGGCACCACUGCAACUGAGCAAGUUUCCGAGGCCAGUCCAACACCUCAAUCGGAACCUUCCCCGACUGCCGACACCACACGUGAGGAGACAGCAUCCGGGGCACCGACAGAUCCUCCGACUGAAGCUUCUUCUGAAAAAACUGAGGGCACACCCUCAUUUUCCACUGCAGCACCCAACGUAGCUGCAACUUCAGAACCCUCAAAAGAGCCGUCCACAACCCCGCAAGAACCGUUACAAGAUUCUUCCACAUCCUCAAUACCGCCACGAGAUCCCACAGUCUCAUCCACACCUUCAGCUUCACCAGAUCCGUCUUCCACGCCUGCACUGCCAACACAAGAGUCAUCCAUGUCUUCAGUAUCACCAGAUCCGUCACAAGAGUCUUCCACCCCUGCACUAACAUCAGGACCAACACAAGAGUCCUCCACACCUUCCGUAUCACCAGAUCCGUCACAAGAGUCUUCCACGCCUGCACUAACAUCAGGACCAACACAAGAGUCAUCCACACCUUCCGUAUCACCAGAUCCGUCACAAGAGUCUUCCACGCCUGCACUAACAUCAGGACCAACACAAGAGUCCUCCACAGCUUCCGUAUCACCAGAUCCGUCACAAGAGUCUUCCACGCCUGCACUAACAUCAGGACAAACACAAGAGUCAUCCACAGCUUCCGUAUCACCAGAUCCGUCACAAGAGUCUUCCACGCCUGCACUAACAUCAGGACCAACACAAAAGUCAUCCACAGCUUCCGUAUCACCAGAUCCGUCACAAGAGUCAGCCACAACUUCAGUGCCGCUGGAUUCCUCCACAAACCCAGAAAACUCCGAGGCCCUCGAUUUGACAACGACUCUUCUACCAUCGAUCCCAACCACUUUAGUUGUCACAACAGGCCACCCUUCUUCUUCACCAGAUCCUCAGAAUCCCUCCGCUAGUGUUUCUCCGGUCGGAUCGGACCUUGACGUCACGACUGUUGAUCCCUCACCCACAGAUGCAUCGGAGGGUGCUUCGGCCGAUGAGGUUACACCAGCAAAACCUUCCAUCGCUCCAGUAACAGAAACCCAGAAACCCAGCAGUACUAAAUUAUCUGAAUCCAAGCCAAAUGGUCAGGAUAAGACAAGUCCCUCCACUCCACUGAUGACUACAACCCCUGCAGAUAAGCCCGCUCUCAAACCUGGGACUAAGCCAGUGGGUGUAGAGCUAACCGUGGAUAGCUCCAGAAACUACCAAGCAGAUGACAGCAAUGACACAAACUUGUGCAGCGGGCGUCCUGCCAGUGCAGUCACCACACUAAGGAACGGCACAAUUGCCGUUUUCAGAGGUCACUACUUUUGGCUUUUGGACAAAAACAGGGUGCCGGGCCCAGCCCGUGGAAUCACAGAAACGUGGGGUGUCCCGUCCCCCAUUGACACUGUGUUCACCCGUUGCAAUUGUCAGGGGAACACAUACAUCUUCAAGAGAAACCAGUACUGGAGGUUUUCCAACAAUCAUUUGGACCCGGGCUAUCCAAAGGUUGUUGAGACAGGCUUUGAUGGACUUAACGGUCACAUCACAGCUGCUCUGUCUGUGCCUCAGUACGGCGGAAGGGGAGAAUCGGUCUAUUUCUUCAAACGAGGUGGAACAGUGCAGAAAUAUUCAUAUCGAUAUAGCGCCAGUCCAUGUAACAAGAAAGCCCAUUUUGCUGUUUACACAGUCCGGAGGAGAGUGGUGCGCCAUGCAGCUUCACUUUUGGGAGCCACCAUCAACAUCCGAACGGCCUGGCGAGGAUUCCCCACAACCAUCACUUCGGCGGUUUCUGUCCCAAGUUACAGGGAACCAGAGGGCUACAAAUAUUAUGUCUUUUCUAGAACUAAAUCGUACAAUAUUCGGAUGGACGGUCAGCGGCCCGUCGUCAAUUCCCCGAGAGAAAACCCAUCAGCUCAGAACAACUUCAUCAAUUGUCCCAAAACAGCCUGAUGAGCACAGACCACUUCAAGAAGCCUUUGCGUUGGACUGCUUUAAAACCUUUAAUAAUACGCUUCAGAAAACACAAAAGUUCAGCAUAGACGGCGAUCAUAACAUGAAUUGUUUGUAAGCGAUAACAAAACCAGAAAGGUUUAGAACAAGUGAAGGAGAUCAAGAAGACUGACUUGAGGAGACUGUCAGGAUUUCACCUGGCAAUGCGUCUGCCAUGGACUCCUCGGGAAGGAAACGCUUGACCUGUUGGAAUACACAGUGCGGCUUUAAGUAUUACACAAACCUCCAACUCGAAACGCAUGCAAAGAAAUACUCAUACAUCAUUCUGUAACUGUAUAUUCAAUACGAAAUAAAGAUUGUCACGUUGGAA